AUGUUGCUCCUCCGAUCUGGCGGCGUUUUGGGGCCUGCCCGGAGGAGGGUCGGAUGCCUCCCACAUCCACCGCUGUCUUCCGGGAGGAUCGGUAUUUCGCAUCGCAGUCUGUGCUGGGCUCGUCUGAGGCCUGUUGGCUUGCAUCUACAACAGGGUCGUAGGCCGUCUCAAAUCCGCGUGUACACGUCCAAAGAGGACGACAGUCACAAGAAUCCCAACUCCGCCAGGUCGAAGCUCGAAAAACAGCACCCCAUCCUAGCAAAAACCCUACACGAACAUAUCUAUACCAUCCCGAAUAUUCUCACCUUCUCCCGCCUGAUCGCCGCGCCCUUCGUCGGUUACUUCAUCCUCCACGACAACCAUACCUGGGCUCUUAGCCUCCUAGCCUACUCGGCCGUCACAGAUGUCCUGGACGGCUGGAUCGCCCGCCGCUGGAACAAGAAGACCGUGGUGGGCACCGUAAUCGAUCCCAUGGCCGACAAGGCCCUCAUGGCCAUCUUGACCGUCGCGCUCGCCGCCAAGGGUGCGCUGCCUGUCUGGCUUGCUAGCAUAAUACUCGGCCGUGACGCUGGGCUCGGCCUGGCGGCGCUCUACUACCGCUGGAUCUCCCUGCCGUCGCCCAAAACCUUCGCCCGAUACUGGGAUUUCUCCCUCCCCUCCGCGGAAGUUCGUCCAACCACCAUCAGCAAGUACAAUACCUUCUUGCAACUAGCAUUGAUUGGGCUGACUACGGCUGCCCCCAUCAUUCCCUACGACUUGUCGAGUCAAUUGACUCUCAUGCAGUACGUUGUCGCUGCCACAACUCUGUGGAGCGGGGCGAGCUACAUCUACUCCAAAGACGCCGUGAAAAUCCUAAACACCCCUCGAAAGCCAGGAAAGAACGUAGGGGACAACUCGUGA